AGAUUUUGAAUAAGAAAUUCCUACAAUUGUUUAAUUUUAAGUUGUUUAAUUUAUCAACACUAAGUGUCCACGAGUUAACAACUUAACAUUAUGCAUUAGAGGAAAAGCAUUUCCUAUUCAUCAUGCGGCAGGCCCUAACAUCUGUCUAGGUUUUUUUGGGAGAUCACCGCCGCCUCUUUGGGCAGUGGAUUGCGUCUCAGUUUUGGUUAUUGAAGGCAGAGGAGAGGUUACGAGCGUGGUAGGCAGGCCUGGAGGCACGCUAAUUGCUUGUCAGUUUGGCAGAUCCGAUUGAAGGUAAUUUUCCCAAAAUCGAGAAGGAAACGAAGGUUUCGGCGUUUUUGGGCGAUCGCAGCGACAGAGAUCCAACGUGUGAAGCGGAAGGGUAGGCUCUAUGCCUAGGGUUAGGGGCGGCGCUUCGUCCGCAGGUUUGCAGUGCUGCUUCUCUCGUCGAGCAAAGUGGCAAAGCAGGUUGGCUAAGGGCUUCGGCCGAAUUGAUUCCUCAUUCGGCAACAACACGCAAGGCGUGGUGAUGAAAGGCAACCAAAGGAAGGCGAUGAAGGUUUUGACUCAAGUUUAUGGAAGGAUGGAGACGAAGGAACAUGAUCAAGAUUUGGAGGACUGUCCGCGGGAUAUGAUCGGUUGGACUCGAAGGCAGAGGUCGAAACGUUAUUGGUUCAUCCCCUCCAGAACCGUCGUCAGAGAAGGAAUGAACGACAAGGGUUUGGAGGCUUCUUUUUAUUAGUACUUUUGCUUGUUUCGUUUGUUAUUUCAUUAUCCAGGACGUACGGAAUAAUUCUUGCUUUGUGGACAUUAGCCGUAGGUCCUUUGGUUAUUUUUUUAUUAUUGGUUUGUGGGUGGAAGUGAUAAGGCUUGUAUGGCCGGUAAAAGCUUCGAAGCCCUCACAUGGUUAGCGAAUAGUCUCGCUCUUUUUAGGGUGAUCUAUUCCGUGUCUAGUCAGAGAGUGAGAGAACCGUUUGGCUAUGCGGAGCCUCAUAGGAAGGUAAGAAGUUUUGACGUUUCUUGAUUGUGGGGUUGUUGUUAUCAUUGAUCGCUAUAAUAUAAUUAAUUUCCUUUCAAAAAAACACCAAGUGUCCACGAUUGUUUUGAAAUUCC